AUGCGGUCAGAAUGCACUUCGAUGGAGCUCCACAGCCCCUCCUCUGGCAGCACAGUUCACAGUGGUCCAGGACUACGGUCUGGCCUGGCUCGCGUGGUCUUCCUCCUUCUCCUUGGGAGUGCGUGCGUGGUGCACGCGUCGUGCGCUCCAGGCCCUUCUCUGGGUCUGGGCCUGUUGUGGGACUUUGCCGUGAUUCCCCCACGUCUCUCCCCCUCCUCUUGUUGCCUGCGGGUGCGCGCACUGUCACCGGCAGGAAAGAGGCACGAGGCGCACAGCGUGCGUGGCCCACGUUGGAGCCGCCACCUCCUGUUAAAGGAGGCCGUUGUUUUGUCCCUCUGUGUUGUCCACAUUCUCUCGUGCGUAAAAGAAGCGCUCCAGUCCCAUUCCGCACCCCUGGGCUGCUUCAGCGCGUGCUUAGUGCGUGCAUAG